AAGUCUCAACGACCCUUCCAAAGGUUCGCUUCAAACCUGAAACAGAGACGGAUAAAAGAAAAAGAGAAGAAGGAGGAACAGAGAGAGAGAGAGGGAGAUUGAGAGAAUCAGUAGCUAUGAAGAAGCUUUACAGGAAAGGGAAAGUUCACCCAUCGCCGCCCGUCGUCUCCGAUCAUCUCGCGUUCUUACCUGCAACUCUACUGACGCUUACGGUGGCGCUAUCACCUGAAGAAAGGGAGGUUCUUGCUUAUCUCAUCUCUUGUACUGGAAACUCUUCGGAGGGUAGAAAGAAUGGUCAGAAUCAGAAGAUUUUUGUUGCUAGUAGUAGCGGUGGAGAUCAUCCUGCAUCUUUUAACUGCAACUGUUUCAGGUGUUAUAUGAGUUACUGGGUUCGAUGGGAUUCUUCACCUAACCGUCAACUCAUUCACGAGAUCCUUGAUGGUUUCGAAGAUCGAUUGAUUCAGCAAAGAGUUAAUCCUAAGAACAAAAGAGACAGAAAGAGAAGAGGCGGUCAUGGGUGUAACAAUGAUGUGAAGGAUUUUGAGGAGAGUUCGGUGGUCCGGGAUGAGUUGGAAGCGGUGGAGGUUAGUGAUGGAGGUGGUGGUCGUGAAGGUGAGACUGGUGGUGGUUGCGGAGGAGAUGAAGAGGUGGAGAAAGGAUCAGUGAGACGAUUGGUGAGUUUUAUUGGGGAGAGGAUUUGGGGAGUUUGGAGUACAUGAAAAGAAGAGUAGAUGGAUUAGAUAAUAGAAACAAGGUAGUGAAGCUCUUCUGGGUUCCUUAAAAUUAAGGAUGUUUUUUUCUUCUUUUUAAUUUCUUUUUAGUUUUCUCCCAAUCUUCAAUCUUCUUUGUAUAUAAUAAUUACCCUUUUUAAUCUUCUUUUUAA